AUGCUAAUGAAGAUACAAACGAGUGUUUCGACUUUCCGCCAAGUCCAAUACCACUUUCUCCAGACCCUAACCGCGCUAGAACAGCAGCUAGAAGAUGAGCCGCAAAAUGUGAACAGCAUCAAACAACUUGGUCUAUCGCUACAGACUCUGGGAGAUAAGAAAAUCGAGCUUUUGGCGAAUAUUCAAGAGAUUCUUGAUGAUGCUACAGAAGAGCUCAAAUUGGAGCCAUCUCCACGAAAACCAAAGUCCCCAGAAAAUCCAAAAAUCGAAGCCCUAACAUCUCCUGUUUCUGCUAGCUCUCCAAAGCACAGCUACAAGCAUAUUUCUAGCGGAACCAAAGGCCGACGAAAAAAGGAGCACAAAGAAAAAAAAGAGAUAUCCCCAAAAGCGCACAAAACCAAGUCCGAAAAACCGCCAAAAGCGGGAGGGAAGGGAGACUUUUGGCCAGAGAAAGUCAAGAUUCCAAAGCCAGUCGACCCGAAUGAAGAAACUUACUGCUUCUGCCAACAGGUUUCUUAUGGGAACAUGAUCGGAUGCGACAGCUCAAAAUGCCAGUACGGAUGGUUUCAUUUCAGUUGUGUGAGAAUCAAUUCCAAGCCCAAGGGAAAAUGGUUCUGUCCAGCUUGCAAGCCCGCAAAAACACCUGGCCGAGGGAGAAAACGAAAAGAUUCUGAAAUCAGCGCCUGA